GACCUGUUGACUCUUUUGAUCACCAAACGACACACGUCUACACCGAUUCCCUAUAUUCCGCAGCAUCGGGCGAACAGUGUGUCGACAUGGCGGCGGCUUCGAGGACCAUGAUGCUGCGACAGGCAAACCUACUUGCUUCCUCGACCCGAUCCUUCUCCAGCACCACUCAACCUCUUCGCGCUCUCCGACUCACCCCGUCCUUAUACUCGAAAUCGAUCCCAGCACCGCGAUGGUCGAUUGCCUCAAGAAUCGCUCCCUUUUCCACCACGUCGCAGAGGAACAUCCUCCCUCCGGGACCCCAGGUCAUCCAAGGCACCGUCAAUGACGCUGCCCCGACCCUCAAGCCCCACCCACUGCAUGGAAGCUAUCACUGGACGUUUGAGAGAGUGUUGGCCGUUGGAUUGAUUCCCUUGACUAUUACGCCUUUUGCAUCGGGAUCAUUGAACCCUACAUUGGAUGCGGUGUUGAUUUUCACCGUCAUCCUCCAUUCACACUUUGGUUUCCAAUCUUGCGUCACGGAUUAUAUCCCAACUCGACAACACCCCACAAUGCGAAAAAUCUUCGACUGGCUAUUGAACAUUGCGACCGUAGUUGUUGCAAUUGGCUUCUACGAAUUCGAGACCAACGAUGUCGGAGUGGUGGAGGCUGUCAAGAGAGUGUGGCACGCCGGCGAGAAUGAUGCGACCAUUGGAAAGACUGAUAUCUCUGCUUUGGGACAUGAUGGCAAGCUCAAGAAUUUGAAAUAAAUGGAGAAUUGAUUGAGCAAGGAAGAAAGUGGUCGUGUUUGGCGUGAAGACACCGAUAUUUGUGUAUAUGAUAGGCCUCAAUCGGAGGACAUCUGGUAUCUGAACCAAUGAUAACAAAUAUCAGUCCAUUGUUAUACCAUGAAUUUGUUGUUGAUAUUUUGGUCUAUGGCAGAUGAUUCAUGUGUCCUGACCACCCAACGCCGUACAAAUGCUAUUCAAUCUAUAUGCUAUUCCCAUG